UCUUUCUUCCAAGAGAAUAUCAAAUUUUACUUGUUAUUUGAAGAUGCUUGAGAAUAUAAUGUUAGGUGGUGCCAGUUGAAAUCUGUCUACUCAUCUCUGGCUCACCGCUACCGUUUUAGGGUGUGUUUCACAGCUUUCUGCAAGUGUUGCUAACAAUCGUCGUAUCUCUGUUUUCCUUAAUGUAUCUGAGAAGGGUUCAAUAUUUUUGCAGCACUUGCUAUGAGCUAUGAACACGUCAGUCAUACUAGAAAAAAGAACUCAGAAAACCAGACUCCUCGGGGUACGUUCAAACACCUUUUUAGAGUCAACUGUAGUAUGAUUCUAUUCCUAUUCAUGAUAACGACAAUAAAAAAGAGAUGCAAUGUGCCCGUAUUACCCUGAAUAAGAUUUUUGAAUUUACCCUUGACUUUGCGAACAGGUUAGUCUAUAAGGGGUCAGGUGCCGUCACAUGGAGAGUACUUUGCGUACCGCUUAUAUCCCGCAGCCAAUCAGGAAACUGUAAUUCCGUUCUAUAAUCUACCGGAAAACUAACGAUAAUUUGUGAUUAGCUGGUGCAAGUUACAGAGAUGAGUAGGGUAAUGCACAACGCUACGAUUUUGUAUACGAUACCAAAAUCGUGGCGCUAGUAGCGUUGUGCAUCUUCCUACUCAUCUUUGCCUAUAAUGGAUAGAUUACUUACAAUUCUUGUAUUAUUAUAGGCAAAAUACUAAAGAAACUAACAUUAGUGUAAACAGAGUGCAGUUUGCCAAAGCCAUUGUUAGUGAAACGUCCCCUCAUGCUUUAUCUCUCAUAACUUUAAUAAAGAACAGGAGACCACUCGAGUGAACCAAUGAUAAUUAUUAUACUUCGCUCGACACUUUAAUUGUAAGUAACGCCUUAGAUGCUUUUCUAACUACCCACUUGUGUCGGCACAUGACUUUAUUAUUGGUAAUUUCAAGUACGAGUAAAUAUCCAGCUAGUCAUCAAUCAUCUAACUUGGAAUACUUCCACUACGCAUGGCGUUAGCUGACAUUAAUUAUGACCCAAAAUUUGGGUCUUUUCCAAUAUAUGAACUAUUAUUUUCUCUCUAAUCUUACUUGCUGGUUAGUAUAUAAAACUUAAGGUAAUUCCUUUAGUAAGCCUAAAAGAAAAAGAACUCCAUGGAUACAUAUGCGGUAAUCUGUCCUUCGCCAAGGUAUUUUACAGAACAUUAGAUGUAGAAGGAUGAAAGUUUUCUGCACCAAAAUACAAAUUGCUUAUUAGAAAAUUAAACAUUAUAAAUAUCGUUAUCUAUACCGAAUCGAUAGAUAGGGAUACUGGGAGAUAAGAAGGAAAUAUAUCCAUUAAACGCAACACAUCGUCCCGCAGUUUCAUAGAAUCGCCUGUAUCUCGGAACAGUUAAAAAAAUAUUUUUGUAAACGAUAAAAAUAAGGAAAGAUAAUUUUUCAAUGACUUCCUUUAAAUACGACAAAUUUAAUGUUAAUGACAGAAAAUUAAAAAGUACCUCGUUUUAUUUGGAUGAAAUUAUGAAAAGUUAUAAAAAUUUAAAGUUAACCAAAAGUACUAUAAUCCCUGGUUGUAACCACUGUGUAAGGUCACGAAAGCGUAGCAUCAAACUCUGUAAAACUAAGGAAAUUAAACGUAACAUACCAAUUUUUCUUGAAAAACUUGAAUCCUUCAUGAACCACGAAUUAAGUAAAAUUGAAUUCGAACCGUGUUCGUCCGAUUGUAUGUGUUUGUCACAUGAACAAGAAUAUUUGGAUGCCCAGUUGAAAGUAUACAGGUCGGCUUUUCACGUGAUUUUGACAAAAAUCACCACUUUUAAACCAAUAUUAAGCAAAAUAAAACAUGUGUACGACAGAUGUCUUCAAGUAAGAGCCAACAGACUUACAUUAAUGGAACACGUGAGCAACAAUUUGGAAAAUUACAAGAAGAACGUUGAAGAGCGUCUUGAGCGAAUCAAAAAAGAAAACGUAACAGAAAUGAAUAACUUGACGAAAAAAAAUGUCGAGUUAACAAAUAAAAUUAACGAAUUAGAAGCAGAAAAUACAGCUAAAGAUAAAACUAUCACGUUGCUCAAGGAUGAAAUGUUGAUGGCCCAAAAAGAUGAAUUUUUACGGCAACAGCAAAAACCAGAGUUGAAUGAGAAGUCUGUGGAGAAUAAAGGCGAAACAGUGGCUGCGGGUAGUGAAGAAACCGAAGACCCCGUUCUUCUUCGUGUUUGCUUGAACAGAACAAGAAAAGACCUUAGUACAGCGCACAGAAAAAUUACUGAACUCGAAGAGACUUACAGAGAUGUCGUACCUAAACGAGAACUCGAGAAGCUGGAUAAUCUCCAUCAAGUUUCGAAACGCGAACAAGAAGCUUUAAUUGACGAAAUAAAGUCCCUAAAUCGAGAGUACACUCUAGUCAAAUCUGCUCUUGAAACUGUCAAAGAGCAGAAAAACAGUCUGAGAGAUCGGUGCAAGACGUUGGCGCAUACAAACACCCCGAGACCGGAUUGGUCCAAGUGCGGCCAAUUCAUACAAGGAGGUGUGCAACGCUGGCGUGACAUAACCGCCAAAAAAUCAAGCGAGGAACGUCUGACGAUUUUGCUAUCAGAACUGUGCGGUGCUGCUAGUGCUGAGAAUGAUUUCUUUGUCGGUCAAGGUACCGAUCAGUCGGUUCCAGUGUUCCUGCGAUACAAGGGUAAAGUCAAAAAUCGAAAAUUGGGCCGGCGUGAAGUUAGUAUCUUGAUAAAUGAUAUUUGGAAGAAUAAAGUUGUCGCUGAUCUAAAUACUCCAAUGGGCGAGUACAUUCUUAAAUACUUUACCGAGAGAUAUCAUCUUCCUAUAAUGAGAUACGAAUGGAUUUACAAUUUGUACAAUGCGUGCCAACGACUCAUGUACGAUGCUCAGAUUGGAUUAUUUUGGGGUGUUCUGUGGGGAGACGUCGCCGAAGAUGUUUAUCACGUGGCCAGAAAGGAUUUUGCUGUUCUGAAGAAGAUGAUGGAAAUGCGGAUGGAAGAUAAAAAAAUUAAUGCUCUGUUAGCUGAAGACAUUAUGGAAAUUGUUGCGAGAAUGUAUCCUUAUAAGAAAAAUCAAGAUAUUGAGAAUUUCGUCUAUGCUGCGGCUAAGCAAUUGGGAAUAGAUCCUUCGACAGAAGCAUUUGAUAUUGCGAAAUUAUUCACUCCGAAUGAAGAAGGAUGGGAACGCGGUGACUUCGGUCGGGAAUUUGCAAAACAAAUGGUUCAAGAGAUUACAGAAUUUGGUAAAAGUAUACUAAACAAAAUAGAUGUGCAAGAUAAAAAUGCUAUGAUUAGAAUGGACGUUCUUAAGCGAGGAUUUUUGGCAGAAGAUGAAGGAAUACCCCAAGCACUUCUGGCCCAACACCUAAAAUGGAUUUAUAAAACGGCGGAUUUAUCAAAAACCAAACCGAUAUCUGCCAAUGUGGUCAUGCAGCGCAUGAUUUCUGGAUACAUUAGAAGAUACCAUCCAAAAAGUGCAGACAAAACAGAAUCUUGAGUAACCUGCAAUGCAAGCCAAGUGUGUUUCAACAUAAUACAUAUUCAAUUGUCAAGAAAUCAAUGUACAAAGUAUUCUUAUUCACAUGUCAAAGGAAUUGUGAAAGAAAUUGACGCCAUUAUUUUCAUUUAAAAAUAUUUUAUAUACACAAUAAAUUUUCGCUUCUUAAUCGACGUCGAAUAAAGAAACGCAAAAUAAUGA